CAGAGGUCUCCCAUGGUGCUGUGGGAUUGGUCGAUCCAGUAAAUCUGCUGACUAAAUCCCCUCAUGUUGUGAUUUUGACUGAGAGGUCAUGUUGUCAGAGUGCAUUCCUUCGUGCACAAAUGUCUCCAGUAGCUAUCUGGCACAUGACAAGCAGAGAGGAAUAGUAAUACAAAAGUGUUUUUAGAUUCCAAUUAAGACACAAUGGAGUCCACUGCUCCAUGCGGCGCGUCGGCGGGAAAUUGAAAACGAACGUACCCAACUCUGACAACAACGUAGAGCAGGUGCUGUGGAUGAGAUGUGAGAAGCGGGGAUGCCGAUGGUCAGGAGAACCAUUGAGCCUCGGCACCUGUGCCAAACUGCAGUGCCCGUCAGGAUUGAUAGCGAGCUGGAAUGUGUGAACAACAAUACCUUGUCAGCCAUCAUCCGCCAGCUCAGUAGUCUAAGUAAACAUGCAGAAAAUGUAUUUGGUGAUCUUUUCAAUGAAGCCAACACCUUUUACGUGCGUGCAAAUUCACUCCAAGACCGCAUUGACCGCUUGGCCAUCAAGGUCACUCAGCUAGACUCCAGUGUGGAAGGAGUCUCCCUUCAGGCCAUAAACCUGAGGAAGGCGUUUAAAAGCUCUGACAUCCAGGACCAGCAGGUGUUGUCCAAAGGCAGCACUCCAAGCUCGGUGACUGACAUGUACGACAGCAGCGACCGGCCUCCUCCUCUCAGAGAUCUCACUGCUUACAGAGAGGACGGCACUGAAGCCACGAGGUUCUACUCAGACCCGUCAUACUUUUUUGACUUGUGGAAGGAGAAAAUACUGCAAGACACAGAGGACAAGAGGAAAGAAAGGAGGAGACAGAGGGAACAGAAGCGAUGUGUGGAAAGCAGCACCCUCCAGCGCCAGGUGAAGAAGGUGAGAAAGGCUCGAACCCGCAGACAAGAGUGGAACAUGAUGGCCUUCGACCAGGAGCUCCGACCAGAUCACCGCCACUCUCAAACUCUGCGGCGAGGAGCAUCUUCCGAGGGCUCACUCUCCCCAGAGGGCAGGUCUGAACUUCCUAACUAUACUAACCCGCCUGUGCCAGCCCUCAGUGCUUCCAACUAUAUCAAGUCGCAUGGGAACACGCAGCCCUCCCCGCCAGCAGAGCACGAAUACCACAGUAUUGACGUCAAUAAGAUAACAACUAAGGUUGAAGCUCAGGGUGCAGAGAAGAUGAACAGUUCAAUACACCCACCUCCAGAUUACGACUGUGCCCACCCUCCACCUGGCCAAGGCCCACCUAUCCCAUCACCCCAUACAGCCUUCCCUUUCCCCCCACCGGCAGCUCAUAAGGGAGCUACUAUAAAUGUCGGCCCAGGUUACCCACUUCCACCUGUGGCUCCUCCAGGACCUUGCAUGGUACCUCCUCCGGGUCUGCCUCCACCUCCUCCAGCUGCCCCAUCACACAUUUCAGGACUCUGUGGAAGCAUCAGAGCUGAAAUAAAACCAGUGAGAGAUGUAAGGAGUGGUCUUCUAUCUGCUAUCCGCAUGGGUAUCCAGCUUAAAAAAGUGCAAGAGCAGCAAGAGCUGCAGAGCAAGCGUGACCCAGUCGGGAAUGACGUGGCCAGCAUCCUGUCACGGCGCAUUGCGGUGGAGUACACUGACUCCGACGAUGACUCAGAGGUGGAUGACAAUGAAUGGUCAGAUUGACUCCAGUGUGGCUUCAUUGGACCUUCUGUGCAACUAAAGAUGCUAUUCAGAUGAUGCAAUAUAGUCAUAAUUUUAUGACAUCAUUUCGUGUAUUCUCACAUCUCUGACCAUUACAUUACCAACCUCAUUGGCAGAGGUAACAAUGAUCUUAAUUUCUAAUGAGAACUAGUAAAAACUUUGCACCAGUCUCCCAUGACAUUUUUUUCCCUUUCUUUUGGUCCUUCAUGACAUAUACUGCAAUUGACUACACCAUUUAGUGAAGCUCAAUCUGCAAACUCAGUGUCACACUGUUAGGGGUCACAGUGAUGCUAAAAUAAAUCCCCCUUUGCUUCUGCAGGGAAGAUAAGCAAUAGAUGUGUCAUCAGUUUUUGUACCACAAAAUAAUUUAUUGUUGUAUGUCUAAUAUAUAUCUGUGGUAUAUUUAUUUGGUAUUACUCUUUAAAAAAUGUGCCAUGACAGUAUCCCAACCUUUCUCUCGUCUUUUUUUUAUACAUUACACAGUAGUGUAUUACCAAAUGAGCUCAAUAAAUCUUGAUAUAUUCAGGA